AUGAUCACAGUCGGAAGCCAAUCAGCUCGGAAGCGAAAGAAACCUGUAAUCAUCGACAUGGGCAAUGAGAGUGACGAAGAUAUCGUUGUCGUAGAUGAAAAUGAGAUUCCGAAGUUCCAUACGAGGAAUUUGGAGAGAAAAAUCAACAAAGAAAAAGCGUGGUCCAAACCAUUGCCGGCCGUUAGCAAACUGUUUUGUAUUGGAGCUGUCCCCACAAAAGUCGAUGAGCUGGGCAUCAAUCCAAAGAUUGUUGAAAAGCUACGUGCAGUACUUGCUUCGAAAAGUCACUGCAGAAAAGUCGUAUUUGUCACUGGGCCGUCUGGUUCAGGCAAGUCAACGGCUAUCGACGUAGUUGCUCAAUCAUUGAAACUCGAAGUCCUGAAGUGGGAACGAGAUUCUACAGUGGAAGUUAUGAAUGUUGGCGAAAAUUCGUACAUUAAAGAAGAAGAUGAGAUGGAAUGUUUUUUGCGAUUUUUGCGGAGGACGUCUUUACUGGAGAAGCCGAAGCGUCACAGACGUUUAGAACCGCCGAAGGGCCGGUUGUACCAUAUAGAGGACUUGCCAUCACUUGCUUAUAGGGACGUUCUAGAAUUUCGACGUAGACUGUUUCCAUACCUUCAUGACACCAAAAACCUCAUCGUAUUUGAUCUCACUUCCCGAGACUCCUCUUGGCCUAUGUCUCCUAGACGGGUUUUUACAAAGUCGUUCAUAGCGGAGCUAGAUAUAUCUGAGCUUGAAUUCUACCCGGCAGCUAGCACAUUCAUUAGGAAGUGCUUGAGAAGAGCAGUGGACUGCAUGGGAUUCCACAAUAGGCUUGCUGCCAAGGACUACAGGGCCAUCGAGAAGCUCGCAAAUGGCGAUAUUCGAAGCGGUCUCAAUAUUAUUCAGUUUUCGCUUUUGAGCAGCCGUGAAAAUUUCACCAUCCCAAACGUAUUUGAGGCUAUGUCAAACGACGAGCUCUUCCAUAUGCUUGGGGUACUACUGUAUGCCAAACGCGAGAACGAUGGAAAUCGCUUUCUAGAAACAGAGCUGUCUGUGCGAGAGGAGCUACGUCGGCCGCCUUCAGAGAGGCACAUCGAUGAUGUACUCGAGAUGUCGAAAGCAUCUGCGGAUACGGUCAUGAUGUUUCUGCAUGAGCAUGAACCCAAUUUUGCCGGCUCGGUAGCCACAACAAGAAGAGUUUUUGAUGCCAUGUCUUUCUGUGACUCUAUAUCCACACACUGGGAAACGCGUAUACUUGCACAAGAUCUAGUCUCGCAGGUAUGCGCUCGUGCAACCACGUUCCACAACUAUAAAGCUAAUAGAAUUGCGCGGGGAUUUUACAAGUAUAUACGCCCCAAAUGGUUUCGAUUGUCUACCCAUACUCAGUCCUUGACUUGUGAGAUGAACGACGUAAUGAAGACAUCCGGAUCAUCUGAUUCGCGCUUCGGCGAGUUGGACGUGCCUUACUUAUCGCUAAUGCCAUCAUUUUUAAAUGGAAGCCAAUACCGACUGGUAAGCUACCUAACCAGACCAUGGACUUUCACGUGGGAGACAGACAGAUCUUUCUGGGACCAUAGGUUGUCAGCACUGCAUCCAGCAUAUCGUCUGGCGCAGCUCAGAGAAAGGAUUGAUGGCGAUUCACUUCUGCCAUCUUCACAAGAGGUCGAUGUAGAGGAAGAUGAAGAAUUUGUUAUAGAAGACUCAGAGAAUGAAGCUGAAAGCGACGAUAGCUUCAAUGAUCCUGUUAUGUUUGAUUGAGCACGCAC